CUUUUAUCUUAGUAUACUAUAAUGAAUAAAAAAAAAGUACCUGUAAUAGUUUCUGAUAUAGACGGAGUUUUAAAAUUAUAAAAUUCUGCAAUUCCUUAGGCUAUUAAUGGCCUUAAAGUUAUCCGAAAACCUUUAAAUGAAAUUGAUAGUUAGAAUUUUCCAGAUGAUAAUAUUAAACUUCCUUUUUAUUUACUAACAAAUAGAGGAAAUAUAACAACUUAAAGUUAAAUAAUUUAAGUAAAUGAGGCUUUUAAUUUAAAUUCGAAAGAAGAAAUGUUAGAACCUAAAGAUGUGAUACUAAACUAUGCAGCUCUAGUUGACAAAUUAAAAGAUUUUAAAGAUAAAUUAAUUUUAUUAGUUACAGGAUAAGCAGAUGAAUAAGGAAUAAGGGAUGGAACAGAAAUAAUUCAAGAAGCCGGAUACACUAAUUAUAUUACUGUGGAAGAAUAUAUUACUAUUACUCCUUUUUGUGUAUAAUAAUCAAGACGAACUAAAGAACAUAUUCAAAAAAAGAGCUAAAUUGUCAAAGAUAGAUUAGGAUUAAAAGAUGAUGAAAUAGGACAACCUCUAUAAUGUCAUGGAAUUUUUAUUAUGGCUAAUCCUAAAUAAUGGGAGGAAGCUAUUUAAAUUAUUUUAGACUUACUUUCAACUGAAAAUGGUAAAAUAGCAAAUUAAAUACCUGAAAUUGGUCCAGAAAAGCAUAUUCCUAUAUUUUGUAGUUAUGGAGAUUUACUAGUAAAAAGUCCUUAUUUACUUCCAAGAAUUAUUUGUGGAGGAUUUGUUAUGGCUUUAAAGGCUGUUUAUAAAGGGAUUUAUAAAAGAGAAUUAGAUAUUAAUAUGUAUGGGAAACCAGAAAUUCAUCACUUUGAAUUCGCUUAGGAACAUGGGAAAUAAUAUGUAGAUGAAAAUCAUGAAAUUUCAUAAUAUUAUAUGAUCGGAGAUAAUCCACAUACAGAUAUUAGAGGAGCUAAUAAUAUAGGAUGGGUAUCUAUUUUAGUAAGAACAGGAGUCUUUUAAGGAGAUGAAAAUGAUCCAAUAUACCCAGCUAGGUAUGUAGUUGAUGAUUUUACAGAAGCUAUUAAAUUAAUAUUUUAAUUGGAAAAUAUAUAGUAUUUAUGGAAGAAUAUAUGAAAAAUAAAUAAAAUAAUUAUAUAUAUAUAUAUAUAUAUAUAUAUAUAUAU